AUGUUAAAUAAAUCACGGCCUAAGGUCCGGCGAGAGGCGAGCGCGCCGGUCAUGAACCCAGCCAACUGGUUCUUGGCGAGCAAAAUCGGUGACAUAAUUAACGAGAGCAGAAACGUGACAGCGCCAGAUAACAAAUCGACGCCAUUGUCCGCGCCCGUGGCACAACAAAAGCGGGACGGAAGUGCGGCCGCGCGAAGGGUUGGUGCGAGAGGGACAACAACACAGGAAACGGAUGCGCGCGGCCGGUUGCGCCAGCGCAGAGUUCCGAGCGACACAGUAGUGGAGAUCGAACCCACACGCUCUGGCGCAGAAACCAGGAGGUACACUACCCACUACGCCAGUCUGGUCGUCUUA